AUGGAAGCCAGUGAAGAAGGCUUAUUUAAGUUCUCUCAACUUCUUCGAUCCUUCAGUUGUGAACUGGUUCCUAUUGACCUUUUCGUGCGAGCAUGUGAGCCAAAGGCGACUUGGUCAUCAACUGGAGAGAUCAUCGAGAGACUUCCCCUGCAGGCGGGAGUUCCUGAAUGGCUUGUGGAUUUCUACAAUGCCAAUAGACCUUUUUUCCAAGGCAAAGUUUCGGAAGCACACCAUAGUUACUUCGAAAUCAGCAUCAAAGCCUCCGUUGCCUACUUCCGAGUGACGAAUGAAGGACAGCCUGACCUUGAGCCUGGCCAGGACAUGUCAAUAAUCAAUGAGCGCGUCGUGUCUCUAGAGCGCUUGGCUAUUACCUUUCAGGCGUUUCCGUCAAUCAAUACCGAGAUAAUAGGAGAAGAGAUGAGUGACAGGUUUAUGGAUGUUGUAAAGACUUCGAUACUGCCUUUACUAUCGGGAAUUACAGACGCAGACAUCGAAGACUGGUUCCUGCCUCGAAACCUCAAAGCGAGAGAAGGCUACCUGUUAUCGCUCUUUGAACUUCUGUACCAGGUUGUGGAUAUUCUAGGAGUCGAUUACCCUGCCCUCCCAUUAUCGUUACCGAGGUGGAUAUUGAGCCUCGUUACUGCAGAGACAUUGAACAGCUGCGGAGCGCUUUUCAGUGAAAUUUCCGAAGUCUUCGAUGCAGUUCAAAACAGUAGCCAUAUGCCACUAGAGCUUGGCUUCUUAUCAGCCCAGUCAAACACCGACGAAAGAAGUAAUGCCAUGGUUGGAUACAUAUUAUCGAUGUUUUUAUCAAACGAAGUCGUGACAGCUGGAGACAGAACAUCAGAUAACCGUCUUGCGGAGGCUUUCUCCAACUGGCAGCCUUUGUCACGCAUUAAUCCAUCUUCUAUGGAAUGUUUGGGAGCAACAAGUUUCUGCAGUCUAACAAAGCUGGGCGCGAUCCAAAUUCCACUCACUGCCGCGCUAGAUACAAAGGCAUUACAUGGACUAUUGCUGGCUCGAAGGAAACAAUACAAGGAAGCUACAAAAAUCCUGGAAUCGACAACCAAAGACAUUAUUUCCCAAUACGGACAAACGUCCAUGCAACUUGGAAUAGUUAUAGCUGAGCUGGCGAAUUGCUACAACAUUCUCCGCCAGGAGGAGAAAGCAGAAGUCUGUCUCAAAACAACACUGGAGUCGAGAAAGGGGUCCAGUCUCAUGCUGCGUCGCGAUGGAACCUAUCUAAGCUUAGCACUGGCCGACUCUUUUAUAGGACGAGCGAGAUACAACGAGGCCCUGCCAAUACUACAGAGAAUCAUCGAAGCCUUCGAUAUAUCAGCAACAUCCCGCAUGAUGAGUGCACUACGUCUUGCUAAAUGUCGACGUAGGAUGCGCAGGAAUCCCCAUGAAGCCUUUGAGCAAGACAGUCCACUGUGGGCUGGCUUUGCGUUACUGGCAGAUGUACCCGGGUUUCUCACGACAGAAUACAUUGAAGAGUUAGCUUGCAGUAUCUCAGAAAUGUCUCGAGUACAGGUGGGGCAGUCUGAAAAUGUCUUGCAGCUAAUAGAAGCGGUUAACCGCGUCGUGGGUAAAGUAAGCUCCCUCACAAACAGCCCAUCUUGGGAGUGGUAUACGGAGCUACAGGAAGAAUAUUCUGUCCAGGUCGCAAGCCACACAAAGCCAGGCAAGGGAAAGCAAAAGGAAGAAGGUGCAAAUAUUAAAGAGAUGGAUGACGACGGAAGUCCUUCUGCUCCUUCUCCUUCUCUUGACCUAGAUUUUGACAUUGUCAACAACGCAGAGCCUUGGUCGGAACAAUUAGUCCUGGCACUUGGCAAGAUCCCUAGACCCUCGAUACGUCUCAUGCGCCGAAUCAGGCAACUCGAAAUAGUUCACCCUGACGGCCCGGCCUACUUGAGUCGUUCAUAUCUGGGAAUGAGACACAGAGAGCACAACAUGGAUAUGCUCAAAGAAGUCUUGGACUCAGAUAGAGUUGAUGAAUUUCUCCCCUGUCACUACUUCGACUAUAUAGCUGGGACAUCAAUUGGAGGUAUCAUGCUGGGAAGGUUACGGAUGUCAGCGGAUGAAGCUAUUGAUGGCUUUAUUCACUUCGCCAAUGCCGUUUUUGGCCAUCCCCGAGUGUUCCACGCCGCACCAACGUUUUUCCCCUUACGAACUAAGUAUUCAUCUUCCAAAGCUAGUGAGGCCUUCAAACAGAUCAUGAUAAGCAGCAAGCGUAAUGGGAUGAAAGGAAGGUUCACACCCGAAAUUGAGACUCUUAAAGACAGAUAUUUCACCGAAGAUCAAACUUUCAAAGACGGUGGACGCUAUCCUCGAACUUUUGUUAUUUCUACUUUUGCUGAAGGAGGUCCCGCAAGACCAUACAUGUGGAGCAGUCAUGGCGUUCCUGAUGGCGAACUGGGGACCAACAGCUCAGCCGCUAUUUGGCAAGUUGCAUGUGCCAUAUCUGCCCGUCCACUCCACUUCGACCCGAUAGAGAUCGGGGGUAUCAAGUACAUAGAUGGCGACUUAAAAGUCUCUCAUUUCUUGGCUCUCACUCUAGAUCAAGUCAACGUUUACGCUCAGCACGAAAAGGUUCCCUCGGUUCUUCUCAGUAUUGGGGCAGGUAUUCAGGUAGAGAUUGAGGAAGCCUUUGGACCUGGAGCAGAAGAGUUUAUCCGACUUGGACUUCAAUCAUACAGUAAAGCUUACCAAAAUUUAAAGACCUACGCCAAAAGAACAACUAACACAAAGGCCAAGUAUGCCGAGAGCACCAAGCCAGAGCAGGCAUACAGACUUGAUGCUGGAGAAAAUCUGCUUGAAUUCCCCUUCGACGACUGGCGUCCUGUCAACAAUGGAAACUCAACUAUCCAAGAGAUCACGGAUAUCACAGACACCUAUCUCCGCCAAGGGAAAGUGAGAGACAGCAUUAACAGUAUUGCGAAAGAGGCUGUUCGGAUUCGACGUGCACGGGCAAAGACAAAACAAUGGGUAGCCUUUGCAACGGAUGUAGUCCCCGUUUGCCCCUUGUGCCGUCUUUCAAAAUGA